AUGGCGCAUCCCUCAUGGAGUGAUCAGUGUCGAGAGCUUUAUCCUUUUGUGUUUAAUGUGUCAUGUUUUGGUACUACCAUUAGUAGGAUUUUUGUUUCCGGUUCGUUGAGCAAAAUCUCAUUGUUUUAUGUCCGCGACAACUUCCUAUCGGAUACUGCUCGUGAACGAUUGGGUUCUGCACUUUCGAACUCGGUUCUUAAUCUCUCAACUGACCUGCGAUCCACUUUCGCCGCUUUCUUACAUUCUAUACAACUGGUCAAUAGUGUAGCGGUUGUUUUCGAUUUUCGAUUGCCUUACUUGAUUUCAUUGCGAGAAAGGUGGAGUCAAGAACAGUUAGAUAAUGAUUGGUUCAAAUUUUGCCAAUCAGUGUUAUCAUUGGGUCUGCAUUUGGGAAUGUCACCAGAGAGCCUUCAUUUCAACUAUCCUCAUUCUAAUAUUAUUGAAGAAGCUCGAUUUGUUAUCGAAGGAGGAGCUAUACCAAAGGUUGGGGUUUUUGAAAGCGCGUUUUUUUUUCCUUGUUACGACUUCAUCUACCUUUAUUUAUUGAUUAAGAGGCAGAGACCAUUUGUGAGUAUCAACAAUACGUAG